GCCACUCGCUCGCUCGGUGCCCUCGGCGGGUGCGGCGGCAUCGGCGGCGGCGGCGGCGUCCUGGGCGGGGAUGGCCACGCCCGGAGCCCCAGUCCUGACACCUUCCCGCGGGGUUGGCCGCUCGGCGGGGAGGUGGACGACGGGGGCGGGCCCGGCUCCCCCUUAAGUAUUUCCCCGCCGGCGCCCGGGCGCGCAGAGCUGAGCCGCGCUGGGAGCAAGCUGGCGUCGUCGGGGGCCAUGAGUGCGCUGGCGUGGGCGCUGCGGUGCUCGGGGGACUUUUGGCGGCGCGUCUCCGGCCCGCAGGAGCAGCGGCUGCUGGAGGGGAUGAGCUACGGGAUGGUGGCGAGCAUGGCGCUGGCGAUGCUGGCGUCGCGCUACCUGAAGAUCCCGUACGGGCGCUACGCGUCGUCCACCUUCGGGCCGCCCAUCCCGGCCAAGGUGGCCUGGGCGCUGCAAGAGGCACCCGCCUUCCUGGUGCCCCUGGGACUCGUCUUGGGGAGCGAUGGCGCCCGCCUCAGCUUCUGGCCCAACCGCUUCCUCCUGGCGCUGUUCCUCAUCCACUACGCUUACAGGGCAUUCAUCUUUCCUUUCUUAAUUCGUGGAGGAAAGCCAACACCCGCCAUUACAUUUUUGCUAGCUUUUGUCUUCUGCAUGUAUAAUGGAUACUUGCAGGGCCGGAGUUUGAGUAACUAUGCAGAAUUCUCUUCAGACUGGCCAACGACACUGCGCUUCAUUCUAGGUUUUUCAGGGUGGCUAAGUGGCCUGCUGAUUAAUGUGCAGUCUGAUAAUAUUUUGAGGAAUCUCAGAAAACCUGGGGAAACGGGCUAUAAAAUACCAAGAGGAGGAAUGUUUGAAUAUGUGUCUGGAGCCAAUUACUUUGGAGAGAUUCUUGAAUGGUGUGGAUUUGCUCUUGCCUCCUGUACCUUGGAAAGCACUGCUUUUGCUGUUUGUACAUUCUUGAUAUUAGGAAGAAGGGCAUAUAUGCAUCACCACUGGUACCUUGACAAGUUUGAAGACUAUCCCCGCUCCAGGAAAAUUCUAAUUCCAUUUAUCUUCUGAGCUCUUCCUCACAUUUGCUGCUGAUUCUGAGCAAUAGCUGCUGCUAUGACGAAUAAGAGAAGUUAAUGUUCAAUAAAUGUUGGCUAAGUGGGACCUCUAAAUACCCCUCAGGGCACUUCUAGCAAUGCAAAUAUUAAUGAUGCAACAGGGACAUUUUCCGUUAUAAAGUAUUCUUGAAUUAUAGGUGCUAUACCGUAACUCUUUACCAGCUUAUUAUACCUCAACCUUUUACAACUUAACUUUCUCUAAGGAACUUAACUUUCUCUAAGGAAAAUACCCCUUACUAGGUUUCCAAAAGAUGUUGAAACCUUAACGUAGGUACCGGUAAUUAUUUUAUACUUCUUAUUAUAUUUGUCCUUCCUGUUUUCCUAAUUUUAAGAAAUCCAGGCAGUUAAGACUAAAUUAAAAAUAUAGGGUGGUUGUCAUUCUCGGAGCAGACCCACUGGAAUAAAUUGAAUUUAAGUUCAUUGAUUUCAGUGGGUCUAUUCCAGGGGUCAGCAAACUUUUUCAGCAGGGGGCCGGUCCACUGUCCCUCAGACCUUGUAGGGGGCCGGACUGUAUUUUGGAAAAAAAUAUGAACGAAUUCCUAUGCCCCACAAAUAACCCAGAGAUGCAAUUAAAAUAAAAGAACACACUCUACUCAUGUAAAAACACCAAGCAGGCCCUACAAAUAACCCAGAGAUGCAUUUUAAAUACAGUAAAAGGACACAUUCUACUCAUGUAAAAACAUGCUGAUUUGGGGACCCCUGGUCUAUUCCGAGUAUCACUUAGUCCACCCUUAAUGAAAGACAAGGAACAAAAAUAUAAAAUAUAAUAAUAUGAACAGUAGCAGGGCCAUAGCGUUAAAUGGCACCCUUCCCAAACAACUUAAGUUUUAACUCUCCUCAAAAAGCUUAACGCUCCUCAAAAAGGAGAGUAGUGGAUGUUUUUUGGCAUGGAGUGCCAGAGCCUAUAGGGGAAACCUCUGGUUUUCUGGUGUUUUGCAGAGGAAGCAGCCUAUCCUUGGGAACUUCACUAGUUUCCUUCUCUCAGGGAUGAAAGACAGAAAAGAAAGCCUUUUACUGUAAUGUUCAUGAAAUGAAGCACUAACAGGAAUUCUAUCAUAUGCUUUGGCACACUUUUUUUUUUAAAAAAAAGAAGCCCGAAUAGCUUUUCAGAUACCUUUUAACUGAGUAAGUUUCUAAAGAAAUGCCCGAAGUAACUGAUAUUAUAGUUUGAAGUCUUCUUUAUUCUGUUAUAUUUUACUCUAAGAAGACCCAUUUAUCCUAAACGGAACCCAGUAAGGCAGACACGUAUAUACAAAAUUUUUUUGUUUUGUUUUAAAAGUGAUGCCAUUGAGAUAUCAAGAUCAAAAUUUGCAGGUAGCUCCUAGAAAUAUUAAAUAAUUAAUAUAAUUAUUGAAAUUUUUUAAUCAUGUUAAUUUUUAACCACUUUUUAAAUUUUGUAACUUAACUUUCAAAUGUAAAGUAAGUCUAUCAUGUGGCAUAUCAUUUUAAAGCCCAUGAAGUUCUGAAGAGAUUGGUAUUUUUAGUUUUGAAAUAUCUCCGUUCUCGGCUGAGCUGUUAAGGUUUUUGUGUAGCUCAGCAAGGCCAAAAUCGUCGUCGGCUUUUUUUAAAUUUCAAGCCACAACUCAAAAACAGGACGAGAUAAAAAAUUUGAAAUUUUAGAUUUAAACUUAGUUUGGAUCAUUCAACAAGUGUGCUAAAUAUUAAGAAAAAUGGAUGACAUGAGGUAAAAAAAAUUGGAUCACUUGAUAUGGAAUGACCCAACAAUGGAUGCAGCCCAAUGGCAUUCAAUACAGAAUGGGCAUGUAUGCAAUUGCACUGCAGGGCUAGAAUCCUAUGCACAUUUGCUAAGGGGCAAGUCUCCUUUAAAUCAGUGGGGAUUAGCCUAUUUAUGUUAUGUGCUGCUGACUGCCUAGGAACAAAUCACCAACAAGAGCUCAGGGUGUCGAUUAGGGACUUCAAAAAUACUUGCUGCUACUUAGAAGGUGAUAACUGAAGAGGGAUGCCUAAAGGUGUUGACUAUUAGAUUGACACUUGGGAUGACUUUAGCCAAAGCCAUAGAACUUUCUCUGGGCACACAAAAAUGAGGACUCAAAAGCUUGGAAGAUGACAGAGGCAUUUACGCCGCAUGAAGCCAAUCCAUGCAUGCUAUAAGAGAAGAGCACACGAGAAAUGGUUGAACUAUUGAGCUAGUUAUUCCGGCAGGCAUCUUAAGAGGUUUGGUUUUGCAGUUCUGAUGAGAACUUUUUUGUACUGUACCUUUGCAAACCAGAGACUCUUGCAGUAUAUACGUUAUUUAAAUGAAAUAAAUAAAUAACAAUAAAAGCAAGGCUUAUCUGCAACCCUACACAACCGCCAUGCGGCCGCUUGCAGUAGCUAGAAGCAGCCUCUCUGAGAAUCCAUGUUGGUCAGAGAGAUGUGUUGCCUUUUCUGUCGCAAUUAUUUUUGGUGUCUUAGCCAGAGAUUUCCUUUCCCAUCAGGGGUGGAGUCAGGAAGUUCCCCCUGCUAAAAGGCACUUGGUAUAGAUUUUUAAUUUGCAGUAGGUUGCCCCACCUAGUGCUAGCGGGAGGAAGGACGCAGCAACUCUGUGGGAAAAGGGGUGGGAAGUUGACAAAAAUAGCAGAAAAGACAACAUUGUGUUUUGAUUGUAUAGGUUAGAAAUGUUGAAACGUAAUAAAAUAUAAUUGGUAAAAAAAUGACUGUAUCUGCUGCCCGAAUAUAUGAAUAACCUUGCUGUCAGAAGCAGCCUCUGUAUACCCCGUCUAUCUUCAUUCCACGUAAUAAACCACUCUUCAUUA